CGAAGCUUGUAAUACUUUUUUAGCAACAAAGCUUUACUAUGUGCUGCAGCUUAUUCAUUGUGCUAGGUCUUACGUGCAACGCUUCCAUCGUAUAUUUGCAACGUUCAUAUGGUCUUCGACUUUUGAGCCCAUGCGUCGUGACAACAUUUUCAGACAAGUUAGUGACGGUGGUUUGGGUUUAAUACAUUUGUAUCUAUGGCAAACAGUUUCACGCUUCUUCUUUUUCCGUGACAAUUCCCAUCCCAUCAUUCGUUCGUUCUUGCAAGUUAACUUUGUUAAUUGUUUCCCUGACUUGGUUGUUUCCUCAAACAUAUCCGCACGCCCAUGCCUGUGGGGAUUUAUGGAGGAAGUUUACUGUGCUGUUCGAUUUCUUAAAGCCCGAUUUUCAACAGAAUAUUUGUAUACUGUAUCACGCAAAACACUAUAUAAGGACUUAAUAUCUAUGCUCUUCCCACCUCCGCUGUACCGAUCAUCAUAUUUUGAUCUUCCAGGCCAUGAUGUGUUGAAACGAGUGCAAAAAAUGUAUAUAUCUCCCAAUUCAAAAACAUUCUUCUAUAAACUCCAUUCUGAAACACUCCCCGUAAAAACAUGGUUACAAACAAAAGGCAUUUUUGUAUCCUCGGUCAACUGCCGUCUCUGUGAUGUACCUGAAACAAUAGAGCAUUGCUUCGUGAGCUGCAAAGAUGCGAUUCUUUUCUGGGAUGUCCUUCAGCGAACUCUGCAGAAAGAAUUUGAAAUUAAUUCGUACACUAUUCGUUAUUUGAUGCCAACACCUCUUGAUGAAGUGCCGUACGAUAUGUUCCUUGUUAUUGGUAUGCACAGUUUGUGGAAGACGCGAAUGCAGGACCGUAACGCAGAGCCUAUCACCUCGUCACGUAUACAUUUCACCCGAAUGCUGAAGACCACACAUGGAGACGCGCUCAGGUGGAACGCUGCCGGCAAACCGGAGCCUCGCUGUUGUGACCUUACUGCUCGCCGCAAGCACCGGCACCUACAACAGAUGCCCUCGAGCAGGUCCGAGUGCAUUGGCUCGCCGUCGAUGCCAUGCAGGAAGCCGGCGCUCUUGCGCCAAUUUAGGCUCCCUGGCAGUGACGGGAAUGCCGUUGAGCUCCUUGACCGUCAGGGGCUCUGA